CUGCUCCUCCCUGUAGAUUGAGCUUUCACACUGACAAGACAAAGCAAACCAGCAAGGAAGUGAGAGGAGGAAGCAUUCGAGCAGAGCUGCUGCUUUCACAGUUCCGGUCUUCAGUCACUGUGUGUAGGGGAAUUUGAGACAUGGGGGGUACCAACGUUGACAGGAACUCUAACCUCGCAGAGUCACGGCCUCAUGCUCGCUGCCAAAGCCCCUUCAAAAGCAUAAAGUUCUUCGUACUUUGCCACAGUUUGCUGCAGCUGGCACAGCUCUUGGUGUCGGGUUACAUGAAGAGCUCCAUCUCCACCAUCGAGAGACGUUAUGGCCUCACCAGCCAGAAGUCGGGGAUCCUGGCUUCCUUCAAUGAGGUUGGGAACACAGUCCUCAUCAUCUUUGUGAGUUUCUUUGGGAGUCGAGUCCACCGGCCGCGGUUCAUUGGAGGUGGAGCUCUACUAGCCUGCCUGGCCUCCCUGCUGAUGGCGAUGCCGCACUUCAUGAGUGAACCGUACAGCUACACGGACAUCAGCAACACAGCAUCCGGUGAUAACAGCUCAAGCCUCUGCCAGCCCAGCGGCCCUGCCUCCACCUCAUCCAGCCAGAAUUGCAAGGAGCAGAGCAGCACAGCCCAGCAGAUGGUCUACCCCGUAUUGCUUCUGGGUCAGCUGCUGCUGGGUAUUGGAGCCGUUCCUAUCCAGCCCUUCGGCAUCUCGUACAUCGACGACUAUGCCAGCGAGAAGAACUCGCCCCUCUACCUUGGCAUCCUUCUCGCUGUGACCUCCAUCGGGCCGGCCUUUGGUUUCGUCACAGGUUCCUUGAUGUUGCGGUUCUACGUGGACUUUGACAAGCUGUCCGAAGAUGAGAUCAACUUGGACGCCAAAGACCUGCGCUGGGUCGGAGCCUGGUGGCUUGGCUUCUUGGUGGCCUCCUGCCUCCUUAUCCUCACUGCUCUGCCGUACUUCUUCUUCCCCAGAGAAAUGCCCAAAGAGUAUGUGCAGAGCGGUGCAGAUGACGACCAGUCCAGUUCGGACAGAAAUCAGCAGGAAACCAGUCAGCUGCAGGACCUCUCUCUCCUUCAGUUCCUCAAAAGCUUUCCUCGUAUCGUUCUGCGGACCCUGCAGAGUCCUGUCUACAUCCUGGUGGUCCUGGCGCAGGUGAACCUUGCGGCGCUGCUAUCCGGACUCGCCACCUUCAUGUCCAAGUUCAUAGAGAAGCAGUUCACCCAAACCGUGCCUUUCUCCACCAUGAUGAUUGGAGGCGUCGGGAUUCCCAUGGCGGUGAUGGGAAUCGUCCUGGGUGGAGCUCUGAUGAGGCGGUUACGACUUUCCGUCAGAGCUGCCAGCAAGCUGUGCACGGCCGCCAUCUUUAUCUGCAUGUUCACCGCCGUGCCGCUGCUGUUCAUUGGCUGCCCGACCCAGAAGGUGGCUGGGAUCUUCCCUCCCAGUGAGAACAACUCGUCCUGCAGUUCUGGCUGCGGAUGCUCUACGGAGGCCUUUAACCCGGUCUGUGGUUCUGAUGGCGUGGAGUUCAGGUCCCCCUGCCAUGCCGGCUGUUUCUCCAUGCAGGCAAACGCCAGCAGCAAACACAUAAACUACACAGAGUGUCGGUGUGUCGGGGGUUCUGGAUUUGCCCGUUCUGGGACUUGUGGUAGUGGCUGUGCGGACCGCCUCAUGCCCUUCAUGGUUCUGUUGGGUCUCACCGGCUUCAUCGCCUCCUUCUCCCAAACCCCAUCAUACAUGAUAAUACUCAGGACGGUCCCCGCAGAGGACAAGUCGUUUGCAGUCGGAGUUCAGUACAUGCUGUUCAGAGUCCUGGCAUUCAUGCCUGGCCCCGUGCUGUACGGCAGCGUCAUCGACACCACCUGCAUCCUGUGGGGCGACAAGUGCGGCAAGAAGACUUCCUGUCACUACUACAACCUGGACAACUUCAGACACAGGUUUCUGGGUCUAAUUGUGACCUUUGUGUUUGGGGGGCUGAUCUGUUUCCUGGUGACGGCCGUCUCCUCCACAUAAGAGGCCGGCCGUCAGGACUCGCAGCUGGAGAGAAAAGUGGAUACUGCAGGUGGAGGAGGAGAAACCGCUGCAGAUUUUUCAUCCAGACAAAGCGAACCGAACGGGAUUAAAACCUGAAGGAAAGAAUGGGAACAUGGAAGCUAGCUUUACAUAUAAAGGGACCAGUCUGCCUGCAAAUUAGUGAAAAACUCCUUGUUUUGUGUGUCUGUGCUCAGAUAAUAUUUCUCUCAACAUUAACCCAGAAACUGUGAUGACACACAGCUUUUCCACCAAGCAACAGAAGCAUAAAGACCUUCUUCUUCUUCUCUUUACUAAAACAAGGGACACAAAACAUCAUUUACAAAGAAUAUUUUUUUUAAAAAGCAUAAAACGGGCGAGAUAAGCUCAUCAAAAGAAAAGAGUCAUUUCACUGCAGAUUUUCCAGCAUUUCCUGUUUGGACAAAACCUCCUACGUCCAACGUGUUUCAGACAAAUCGCUGUAUCAUCAUCUUUGGUUGAUAUUAGUCAAAGAGUCCUGCUUUUCAUCUGGGCAGGCUGUUUGUCAAACGUCUUGUUACUGGACUCCAUUCUACCUCCAUGUCUCCCGCAUCAUUUAUAGAGUCCAUGUUUUCUGUAUAAAGAACAGUAGCUCAUUAUAUUAGAUUACAUUGCAGGUCUUACAUGGCAGCUUAAUACGACACACGUUUUCUUCUACUACAGGAAUGAUGGCUUAAUGCUGCCACCUACUGCUGGGGAUAAACAGACCUGGAAAUUAUGUUCAAGCUUUUUUAAAAACACAAAUUAUUUCCAUUUGUAAGAGUUUAAAUUUCAGCAGAAAAGAUAAGCUCAUUCAUUUUUUUUUCAUUACAUGAUAAUUCGUGGAACAAGAGAGACAUGUAAUAGAAAUUAUUCAUGAAAAUAAAUUUAAUUAAAUACAACAACACAAGGUUUCUGCUCGACAGCAAUGAUGAACAUAAAAAGACGGGUGCAUGAAGACUUUUACAGUUUUCUGUGAUGGACUGAGCCUAAACUUUCAGCGCCUUGUAUCCAUUGUUGAGGUUCAGUAAGCUGCAAUACCUCUAACGUCCUAUAGAUGCUGCUCAAGCUAACUUCCUUCAUGUAAAGAGAUGAAGAAGAGCUGCAGUUCUGCUGGGCAGUAGUCUGCCAUCUGAUGAGCCGUCCAUGUUUGGGAGCAGGAUCGUGUUCUUCACCUCAGUUUUCACUGUGAGACGAUUUCGGUCCAAACAGAAGUUUCUCAUCGUUCAAAAGGUGGAUUGUUGGGAGAUCUUCAAGCCCAUCAUCAGUGAUGAUGCUGCAGUUUUUCAGACAUCAGAAGGAGGCGUUGACUCUAAAAGUUAGAUCACUGUUAAAUAAAGAGUUAAUGUGAACUUAAAAAAAAAAAAUCAUCUGCUGCAGGUUUUAAGGGUUGUCCAGCUCAGAAGCUGAAAAGCAUUUUCUACUCUUUCUCUUUGGUUUUUUUUUUUUUUUCAUAUUUGUUAGUGAUAAGUAAUGCAAAAUGAGUCAGUUCUGUUGUGAAUAAAAAAAAGCCACUCUUUCAGCCACUUCUGCUCAGAAUCCAUGCGGGCAGUGUAUGGGGUUUAAUUAUAAUGAGGAACACCAUACAGCCAAUCAGAUGCGAGGACAGACUAGGGUCAUACCAUUAUGUGAAAGACGGGGCAGACUCUCUCUGGUACAGGUCAGGUAAACAAAGACAGAAAGAGACAGGAAGCUGGAUUUAGAUGCAAGCUUGUUGGGAAAGAGUUUAAACUUUUUCCUUUUUUUGUAAAAAAAAAAAAAAACAUAAAAAUAAAUAUUUUACUAAAACAAGGAAAAAAAAAUGCUUAUCAACACAUAAAGUGGUAUAAAUCCUAAUUUUAAGCUAAAAAGAAAAAAAAAUGCUGAGAGUGAGGGGAGGAUAGAAGAACAUCACAACAAAAGCAUGCUUUAGAGAUAAACAUUCUGGGGGAGUUCAGUUGUUUUACUUCACUGUUUACUCGAUGUUGAAAAAAUAAAUAGUAAAAUAAAAGUAAGGUCUGGUCGGGUCUGAAAAUAAACAUUCCUCGCUGUCGCAUCAUUGUCGUUAGUUGUGUCGCAUUUGUUGUCGUUGCACUAGCAUGACAUGCUGGCCAUUUGCGCUAAACCUUGCCUCCUAGUGAGGGUCCAACUUGCUAUCAAAACACUUGCCCGACCAGCCUGAAUCAUUCCUUUUCGUCCUGUACCAUACUGACCCAUAUUGUACAAUACCGACCCGUACUGCACCAUACCAUCCCGUACUAUACCAUACCGACCCAUAUUGUACCAUACCGACCCAUAUUGUACCAUACCGACCCAUAUUGUACUAUACUGACCCAUAUUGUACUAUACUGACCCAUACUGCACCAUACCGACCCAUAUUGUACCACACCAACCCAUAUUGUAUUAUACUGAGCCGUACUGCACCAUACCAUCCCAUACUAUACCAUACCGACCUAUAUUGUACUAUACCGACCCUUACCACUCAGUGGAAACAGGGCUUUAGGGUUGUGAUUAGUAUAUUCUGUGGGACAGUUUGAAAAAAACCCAUAAAGUCAAUGUUCUGGACUUUAUGUGAGAUAAUUUGAUGAGAAAUUUUCAGUAUAAUCAACUUUAAGACCUUCUAUGAUUUCUUUUAACUCACAGGAUAAAAAUUUAGUGUGAGAUCAUCACACUCCAACCUGAAAAUUCUGCAGAAAAAGCCUCCAAAAUGUUCCAACUUAAACUGUGAUUCUGCUGCAACCAGAAGAGACACAAAGCUGGAAUUUUGUCAAUUUUGCUGCAGCAUCAUUUUCAGGACAUAUUUCAUUAUUUUGUGUUGUUCUGUUUUCUAAAGGGCAACGGACAAGGGGCUCCUGUUGGUUAACCUUCUUGUGAGCUGCUCUCUGAAACUGUUUAUAAUAUGUAAGCAAAAAAUAUUCAACGUUUUCUACUACUGAACCAAGAAUUGUAUUUGUUCAUCUUUGUUUUCAUAUGCUUUAUAGAUUUUGUGAUAUUAAAACAUGCCAUUGUGUACUCCGCUGAGGGUCCUUGAU